CCUCGUCACUGACGUUACGUAGGAAGAAGAAGCGAGCAGUCGUCGCUGAAGUUUGGACCGUCAUGGCGCUGGGAGACUGUUGGAAGCAGCUGUCGUGGAUUUACUACCAGUAUCUGCUGGUGACGGCGCUCUACAUGCUGGAGCCCUGGGAGCGGACGGUGUUCAACUCUCUGCUGGUGUCUGUGGCGGCCAUGGCCGUGUACACGGGUUACGUCUUCAUGCCUCAGCACAUCAUGGCCAUCCUGCACUACUUCGAGGUCGUCCAGUGACACCAUGACUCCGCCCCCGUCCGCCCAGGGUCCAUCGCUGUCUUCCUGUCUGUCUGUUCCUCCUCCUCUGUUCUAACGCUGAUGUGACACCACGAUGGACGGACGUUUGUCCUUUCAGGUUCGAUGUCACUGGUCCGGUUUAGGUUUAAAGAGUUUUAUUCAGACGCUGACGGAGGAAGUGUUUUUGUUGCCUUUUUUUGAUUGUUUUCUUAAAGUGACAGUAAGCGGAACAUUUCCACUCUUCAUCACCACCCUCCGACCUUUCUGCAGCUCGUCUGUUAAACACACGGACGCAGAAGAAUCCGUCCAACGUCCCAGGAGCUGAGACCUGCUGCAGCAACGUCACCACACAACAGAAGCAGCAGCUGCUUUAAAGGGACCGGUUUCUUUUCUGUAACGAGACUCAGUGUAAGUCUACCAUGUCCACGUCUUUGUCUCGCUGUGAGACAGAAUCUGAAGUUUGGAAACCACUCACUCACUCUCCCACACCAAAGUCCAUAGAGAAAAUCAGUGAUUUUAACAUCACAACAAACUUCAGUUUCCUGUUGGAAAAGUCUGUCUCACAGCGAGACAAGACGUGGACAUGGUCUUAAGACGGCGUAGACUUUUAUUAGCAGAGUCUGUUGUCCCUGGUUACAGCCAUGUCUGUAACACACUGACUCUGUCCAAGAACCUCGUUCCCUUUAAUAUGAGGACUUGAGCUCCUGUUGUUUUGCAUUCAUUCAUUCAUAACAUCAUAUUCAUGUUAGCACCAGGCCUGCAAUUUCCGAUGACUUCCAUCAUUGAUUGUUAAUCAGUUAUUUGUUGUUUUUGGAAAUGUUGAUCGUUGUUUUCAAACUCUGAAAAUGAUGUUUGUCAAAAAAGAUUUCAAAGAAUCUGUAAAAUAUUCACAUUUAAGAAGCUGAAAGUGACAGAGAGUACAUGUGAUUAUUGAUGAGUGGGUUAUCAGAAUAAUCCAGACACAAACAAGACCACUCUCACCUCUGGGUGCUGUGACCUUUGAUGACCACAGGGGGCGCUCUCCUAACAGAACUGGAGGUGUUUACAGGUCUAAGCUGUAGAAAAUGAUAACAUGAGAUCAUGAAGUGUCACAACAGCAGCAGCAGCAGCUUUCAUCAUCAUUAUUAUUAUUGUUAUUAUAAUAAAUAUUAGAAUUGUUGAUUAUUUUAUUUUGGUAAGGUUGUUAGGAAGUGGUGAAUGAGUGAAAAGUGCUGCGUGGAUGAUGACAGUGGAACUGAAAGAAUGGUUCAUUUAAAGCUGCAACAGGAAUAUUUUCAUUGAUGAUGAGUUUUUCGGGAUUAUUUUUUGUGAUUCAAUCGAUUUUACUUUAUUCUGUAAAAUGUUUGCUGCUUUUGCUUUAUGACUAACCUUGUGUGUGUCAUGACUCCACCCCCUGCAGGGUCAGAGUGUGUGGGGGCGUGGCCUGUGUAUCUGUAGCUGCUCUAACGCCUCGUUUAAAAAAAUCAUUCUAAUCAUAAUCCACUCAGUUUCCUCUUUGCACAUAAAUAUAGAAUAACUUAAAAAAACAACGUAAUCUUUUACGAUAUUUUAUGAUUCCUGGGAGACGUUUUGUUUCGUGUACAUAAGCUUGUAAAGACAUUUGUAAAGUUUUUGUAGUCGGACAUGUUUGUUUGUGGCGCUGAAUGCUACUCCUAUCACUCAUUAAAGGGAUAUUUCACUCUGUUUUAAAGGUA